UCUGGGUCUGCUGCAGAGUGACGCAGUUCUUAUUUCUGUCCCUUCCUGCCUGUGACGAGAGUAGGAAGCGACAGGUCAAACGCUUUAAGUUUAGUUAUAUCGUUUUUAUCCCCUGGUCCCAUUUAGAGGCAGCAGACGGAUAUUGCGGCCAUAAUGGCUGGCGGAGGUAGCGAGGGCUCAAACCAGAGCGAACGUGACAGGCAGUACUGCGAGCUGUGCGGCAAGAUGGAAGACUUGCUGCGAUGCGGUCGCUGCCGGAGCUCGUUUUAUUGUAGUAAAGAACACCAGCGGCAAGACUGGAAGAAACACAAAUUAUUCUGCAAAAGUGAUUCUACCAUUACUCCGGCUUCUCAGAACACAGUCAAAAACAGUAAGAAAGAACAGUUCUCAUCUUCUGCAGUCAGCAUCUCUCACAGUGAUACUUCCCAGUUUAAAAGUCAUGUUGAGCCAGCGUCUGGGGUGUCAGACGAGCAAGAGGAGGUUGAUGGAGGGGCUGCAUUAAAAGCAAUCAAUGAAGAAGAUGACACUCAGGUGUCUGGAGAGGCUAUGGGCAGUAGCACAUCGAGGAAAGUAACAACUUCUGGUGGAAGGCCUAAUGGACAGACUAAGCCACCACUACAUAGGAUAGCAUUGGAGUACACAAUUCCCUGUAUGAACAAACAUGGCAUCUGUGUCCUUGAUGACUUCCUGGGCCAAGAGACUGGAGACAGAAUUGUGUGUGAGGUGAAAGCUUUGCACAACACAGGGCGCUUCACCGAUGGACAGCUUGUGAGCCAGAAGAGCGACUCCACUCGUGAUAUCCGUGGCGACCAGAUUACCUGGGUGGAAGGGAAAGAGUCAAGUUGCAAAGCAAUUGGUAAACUUAUGAAUAAAAUGGAUGACCUUAUACGACACUGCAGUGGUAAACUGGGUAACUUCAGGAUUAAUGGUAGAACUAAGGCAAUGGUAGCUUGCUACCCAGGUAAUGGAACGGGAUAUGUGCGUCAUGUUGACAAUCCAAAUGCAGAUGGAAGAUGUGUUACUUGUAUAUACUAUCUGAAUAAACAAUGGGAUGCAAAGACACAUGGAGGUUUACUUCGAAUUUUUCCAGAAGGCAAAUCCCAGUUUGCUGAUAUUGAACCAAAAUUUGAUAGACUUUUGCUCUUUUGGUCUGACCGUCGCAACCCUCAUGAAGUUCAGCCAGCUUUUGCAACAAGGUACGCUAUUACAGUGUGGUAUUUUGAUGCAGAUGAAAGAGCCCGUGCUAAAGAAAAGUAUCUGAACACAGGGGAACGGGGUGUUAGGAUUGAACUUAACAAACCAUCUGAGCAAGUUGUAAAAGAAGUCCAGAAUCCUUGAACCAUCAACACUACUUUGAUCUAGAAACAGCUUUUGAAGAAAACCUUGUAGCUGAUAUAACAAUACAUUGCUGAUUUUAGCUUAAACUAUAAAUGUCACCUUCAGUGUACAAGCCAUUGUGAAUAAUGAGAAAGACCUGCAAUGUGCAUCUUUAAAGAGUUUUAUGAUAUAAGCUGAGGAAUGUAGCCUAAAUCUGAUGAUCUGAAGAACUAAUACUGUUGCUCCUGCGUUGAAAAGAAUGUGGGAGAGCACCAACUACGUUUAUGUCCAUAUGCUAAUAGCUCUGUGAAGUGGUCUUCAUUAUUUGGACUCGGGUUUGUGGUCCACCCUCAACAUCUAUUCCUUAAAAGCAGAUAUGUGUAAGAAAGUUUUCCACAAAAUAAGUAUUUUGUAAUCUUCAAAUUUUUUUUUGUCAUGUUUUUAUUUCUAAUUUUGUAAGACGUUCCGUUAAUGUUGUUAAUUGUGUGGAAGAAAAAAAGUCACAGGAAAAAAUCAUGUAUCAGUGCAGAUUAAGACAGAUAUUAAGCUUUCAUGGGCUUCUGUUUAUUGCAAAAGACAUAGAUAUGGAUCCUUCCCUUCAUUCUAAAGCUUGGCCAUACAUGGGCAGAUAAAAAGUUGCCAAUUCAGCCCUCCUGUAUAUGGGUUCUGCCUGACUGCUUCCCUCCCUGAAUGAAAAUUGGCCAGAUAAUUAUCAAGCAUGUUUAAAAACCUUGUUUGGCAAGGUCCACAUCACCUUAUUGAUGCAGUCCUUGUCCCAGCAGGCCUGCAUAGGCCCUCGUUAUGAUCUGAUCGUUGCAGAUCAGCCUGAACGUUGCCAGCAUGUAUGUGGCCAAAGUAGGCAAAUUUUCACUAAUUUGGUGUCCAUGCUAAAUGAAUGGAACUUUGUUUAUGACAGCUUGAAAGUUUGAUGCUCGCCUAAGUGACUACAUUUUGCAACUUAAUAGUACAUUCAUGUGAACAGGAAACUCAAUUUACUGCUCACACAUAUGUAUAUAUUGCCUUUACCAGACCAGAGCUACUCAGCAUGCAUAUGUUGGCACUCAAGCAGUCAGAAUGAAAAAGCAAAGGACUUAAAACAAGUAUGUGAGCAAGAACCUACGGGGGGGGGGAACAUUUUUUGUUACUGCUAUGUUUAGCAGCUUUGUAACGCAACUAGAUAUGUUCUUCAGAAACUGGCGUUAAAAAAACAACAAAAUUACUGUUCUUCGAUGUUACUUUUUUAAGAAAUAAAAUACACAUUUUUAUUA